AUGGGCACCAAUCUUGCCAUUCAGGGAUGGGACGGCGAUGAUGAUGAUGAUGAUGGUGAUGGUGGUGGAGGUAGGUGUAUUGAUGCUAACGGUGGGGUUGUUGAUGAUGAUGAUGAUGAUGGUGGUGAUGGAGUUGGGUGUAUUGAUGAUAACGGUGGGGUUGUUGAUGAUGAUGAUGAUGGUGGUGGUGGUGGAGUUGGGUAUAUUGAUGAUAACGGUGGGGUUGUUGAUGAUGAUGAUGGUGAUGGUGGUGAUGGAGUUGGGUGUAUUGAUGAUAACGGUGGGGUUGUUGAUGAUGAUGAUGGUGAUGGUGGUGGUGGAGGUGGGUAUAUUGAUGAUAACGGUGGGGUUGUUGAUGAUGAUGAUGGUGAUGGUGGUGAUGGAGUUGGGUGUAUUGAUGAUAACGGUGGGGUUGUUGAUGAUGAUGAUGAUGGUGGUGGUGGUGGAGUUGGGUAUAUUGAUGAUAACGGUGGGGUUGUUGAUGAUGAUGAUGGUGAUGGUGGUGAUGGAGUUGGGUAUAUUGAUGAUAACGGUGGGGUUGUUGAUGAUGAUGAUGGUGAUGGUGGUGGUGGAGUUGGGUGUAUUGAUGAUAACGGUGGGGUUGUUGAUGAUGAUGAUGGUGAUGGUGGUGAUUGA